ACAUACAAAAACAAUUAGUGUACACAUUUCUUAAGAAUGGCUUCCAACAAGCUUAGUGCACUAAUUAUAUUAUUUUCUCUCCUUUCUUAUUCAACAUUUUCACAUGCUUGUGGUUCAUGCAAACCAACUCCAACAAGUCCUCCACCACCUUCUACAACACCUAAGGCUAGCCCUCCACCUAAGGCUAGUACUCCACCACCUUCGACAACACCUAAGUCUAGUCCUCCAACUCCUUCAACAUCACAAAAAUGUCCUAGUGACACAUUAAAGCUAGGUGUAUGUGCUGAUGUUCUAGGACUUGUUAAUGUUAUUGUUGGAAGUCCUGCUUCAAGCAAGUGUUGUACAUUGAUUCAAGGUUUGGCUGAUUUGGACGCAGCAGUUUGUCUUUGUACCGCUAUUAAGGCUAAUGUUCUUGGUAUCAACUUGAAUGUGCCUGUCACACUUAGUCUCCUACUUAGUGCUUGUGAAAAAUCUGUUCCUAAUGGUUUCCAAUGUUCAUAGAGUUUCAUCUUCAUGUGAAAGGUUCAAAGCCAUACGAGUACUUAUGUUACUACUACUUUCAUUAUCGUUUUUAUUUUACUUCUUGUUUAUGUGCACGAUUGACUUUCACGAAAUUAUAGUAUAUAAUUUUGUUGGAUUUUGAAUGCGUGGCUUUUGUCAAAAUCAUGGUGUAUCACCGUGAUUUAGUUAAAUUCAUCAUCAAUUCAAAUAUGCAUUAUAUCUAUUUUAGUGUGGGGUGUAUAUCAUUUUAAUAAAUGGGGCAAGCAUGUUUGCCUCAUCUAGCAACUGUGUUCUUUUAAUUUUAAUGAAUAAAUUUGGCCAACUUUUCAUUUGA